AUGCCGGGCCACCGUGCGUCCGGACGGGCGCCGCCGCCACAGCUGCUGCUGUGGGUGCUGCUGCUGUCACGGGCCGCGGCGCUGCACCCGGACGAGCUGUUCCCCUACGGGGAGUCGCGCGGCGACCAGCUCCUGCCGGAGGGCGACGACGAAAGCUCGGCCGUGCGGCUGGCCGUCCCCCUACGCUUCUACGACGGCCAGUUCAGCCAUCUCUACGUGGGCACCAACGGCAUCAUCUCCACCCAGGACUUCCCCAGGGAGACACAGUAUGUAGACGACGAUUUCCCCACGGACUUCCCGGCUAUCGCCCCCUUCCUGGCCGACAUCGACACGAGCCACGGCCGGGGACGGGUGCUGUACCGCCAGGACACCUCCCCGGCCGUGCUGGGGCUGGCCGCCCGCUACGUGCGCACAGGCUUCCCGCGUGCCUCCUUCAGCCCCACGCACGCCUUGGUGGCCACCUGGGAGCAGGUGGGCGCCUACGAGGAGGUCAGGCACGGGGCAGCGCCUUCCGAGGAGUUGAACACUUUCCAGGCAGUGUUGGCCUCUGACGCGUCUGAUGCCUACGCCCUCUUUCUGUAUCCUGCCAAUGGCCUUCAGUUCUUUGGAACUCGCCCCAAGGAAGCUUACAACGUCCAGCUGCAGCUGCCAGCUCGGGUGGGCUUCUGCCGCGGCGAGACCGACGACCCGAAGCGGGAAGGACAGUAUCUCAGCCUGACUCGCAAUGAGCAGUCUGUGAAAAACCUCUACCAGCUGAGCAACGUGGGCAUUCCGGGCCUGUGGGCUUUCCACAUCGGCAGCACCUCCCCGUUGGACAAUGUCCGGCCCGCAGCAGUGCACUCAUCGGCUCCCCAGAAACAUCCCCUGAGCCAGGCCGCAGCCCUGAAGGCCGACUACACUGAGGAGAGUCUGGACUAUUACGAGGAAAACGAGGAGGAAGUGGAAUACCCGCCGGCCGAGCCUGGGGCCGCCUCCUCGCAUGCUCACGGUGCGGUGGAUGUUGCCUUCCAGCCCAGCACCAACUUGGGGCCCGUGGUGGGGGACCUGGCUCCCCCAGACUCUGAGCCUGCCUCCUCUCUGCCACAUCUAGCAUCAAGCCAGCGACCAUACUACCCGCCAUCAAAAUCUGCCACUCAACUGAAACAGGCCUCUUGGCCAGCGGAGGGAGAUGGCCAGGACUUGAAUCCCCGAUCCCGUCCUUUGGACCAGACAGGGAACUCGGGGACUCCUUUCCAGGAAGUCCCCACACUGUACCCCGAUGGAGGGCAUGCGCCUUCGGAGAGGGCCGGGCCUGCAGACGGCGCAGAAGCGGGCCUGCCGCGUGCCUCCGUCCCCACCUCCUUACCUCUUGCCAGUGGAGGACACUACGUGGGGGGUGUGGAAGAGGAUGUGACCUCCAAUGCUGAGGUCUUCACCUACAACGGGGACCACAAGGAAACCUGCGAGCGCAACCACGGCCGGUGCUCCCCGCACGCCUUCUGUACCGACUACGCCACCGGCUUCUGCUGCCACUGCCAGUCCGGCUUUUACGGCAAUGGGCAGCAUUGCCUGGCAGAAGGGACACCUCAUCGAGUCAACGGGAAGGUGAGCGGCCACCUCCGCGUGGGCAACACCCCCGUGCACUUCACCAACGUAGACCUGCACGCCUACAUCGUGGGCAACGACGGCAGAGCCUACACGGCCAUCAGCCACAUCCCGCAGCCCGCAGCCCAGGCCCUGCUUCCCCUCACACCCCUCGGAGACCUCUUUGGCUGGCUCUUUGCUUUAGAAAAACCAGGCUCUGUGAAUGGCUUCAGCCUCACAGGUGCCACAUUCGUGCAAGACAUGGAGGUCACGUUCUACCCGGGAGAGGAGAGGGUUCGCAUCCUUCAGACGGCCGAGGGCCUCGACCCAGAGAACUAUCUGAGCAUGAAGACCAAUAUUGAGGGCCAGGUGCCUUAUAUCCCAGCCAACUUCACAGCCCACCUGGCUCCCUACAAGGAGGUUUACCACUACUCAGACUCAGCUAUCACCUCCACGAGUUCCAGAGACUACUUCCUCACAUUUGGUGCAGUCAACCAAACGGGCUCCUACCGCAUCCAACAGAAUAUCACUUACCAGGGAUGCAGGCACGCACCCAGCCACCGCACCAUCCCUGCCACCCAGCAGCUGACCGUGGACCGGGUGUUUGCCAUGUACAGUGAUGAAGAGGGCGUGCUUAGGUUUGCAGUUGCCAAUCAGAUUGGCCCCGUGGAAGGUGACUCAGGCCCUGCUUCAGUGAAUCCUUGCUAUGAUGGAAGCCAUGUGUGUGACACAACAGCACGGUGCCAUCCAGGGCCAGGGGCACACUACACCUGCGAGUGUGCACCUGGGUAUCAGGGAGACGGACGGAGCUGUGCAGAUAUGAACGAGUGUGCAGCUGGCUUCCAUCGCUGUGGUCCCAACUCCGUGUGCAUCAACUUGCCUGGGAGCUACAGGUGUGAGUGCAGGAGUGGUUAUGCAUUUGCUGAGGACCAACACACCUGUGUCUUGAUUGCCCCUCCUUCCAACCCCUGUGAGGAUGGCACUCAUACCUGUGCACCUGCUGACCAGGCACGAUGCAUCCACCAUGGAGACGGCACCUUCAGCUGCACCUGCCUGCCUGGGUAUACCGGCAAUGGGCACCAGUGCUCGGAUGUCGAUGAGUGCUCCGAGAGCAGCUGCCACCCCGCAGCAACCUGCCACAACAGCCCAGGCUCCUUCUCCUGCCACUGCCGACCUGGUUACCUGGGGGAUGGAUUCCAGUGCGCUCCUGACCCCAGCUCUGGGCUGAAACCCUGUGAACUGCAACAGCGCCUUGCCCAGGCCCAGCACACCCACCCGGGGGCCCGGCUCCACAUCCCGCAGUGUAGCGAGCAAGGCGACUUCCUCCCGCUGCAGUGUCACGGCAGCACUGGCUUCUGCUGGUGUGUGAACUCCGACGGGCACGAGGUCCCUGGCACCCGGACCCCACCUGGCUCCACCCCGCCGCACUGCGGACCACCUCCAGGACCAACCCAGAGGCCCCGGACCGUGUGUGAGCGCUGGAAGGAAAGCCUGCUCGAACACUACGGGGGCAGCGCCCGGGACGACCAGUACGUGCCACAGUGUGAUGACCUGGGCCACUUCGUGCCCCUGCAGUGUCACGGCAAGAGCGACUUCUGCUGGUGUGUGGACAAAGACGGCAGAGAGGUGGCAGGCACACGCUCCCAGCCGGGCAUCACUCCCGCAUGUCUCCCUGGGACGGUGCCUCCCCCGAUGUUGCCCAUGCCGCGGCCUGAUGUCACUGCUCCGCCCGUGGGUGACUUCCUGCUCUAUGCCCAGGUGCAGCGCAUCGGCCAGGUGCCCCUGCAGGGCACCACGCUUCUGAAGGACAAGGCCAAGACCCUGCUGUCAGUGCAUGGUUCCAUCAUCGUGGGGAUUGACUACGACUGCCAGGAAGGCACAGUGUACUGGACGGAUGUCGCAGGGCGAACCAUCAGUCGCGCCCGUCUGCAGGCGGGAGCCGAACCCGAGACCAUCAUCAGCUCAGGGCUCCUGAGCCCCGAAGGACUCGCUGUUGACUACGUCCACAGAACCAUGUACUGGACGGACAGUGGCCGGGACAGAGUGGAGAGGGCCAACCUGGACGGCUCCGAGCGCAGGACCCUCUUCGACGUGGACCUGGUGAAUCCCCGCGCCAUCGCCGUGGAUCCAGCCGGAGGUAACUUGUACUGGACAGACUGGAAUAGAGAAGCUCCUAAAAUUGAAACAUCUUCUUUAGAUGGAGCCGGUCGAAGAAUUCUGAUUAGCAAAGACAUUGGAUUACCUAAUGGCCUAACCUUUGAUACCGUCUCCGAAAUGCUCUGCUGGGCAGAUGCAGGAACCAGAAAACUGGAGUGUACACGGCGUGAUGGAAGCGGCCGGCACGUCAUCCAGAGUAACCUCAACUACCCCUUCAGCGUGGUCAGCCACCUGAACCACUUCUACUACACCGACUGGAGGAGGGAUGGCGUCCUGUCAGUGGACAGACACUCCGGCCAGCUGACGGAUGAGUAUCUCCCUGAGCAGCGCUCUCAUCUCUACGGGAUCACUGCCGUCCACCCCUUCUGCCCCACAGGAAGAAAAUAAAUACUGCACCAGCAGAGGACUUGGCGUUUACAACCAGAAUCCUGACCCUAAAGAACAUUCGCUGCAAAGAAAGUGAAAAAGGAAUUGGCGGUUACAGUAUCUGGAUCUACAAAAUGAACAUUUUUUGUGAAAAGACAGUAUAUUUUGUGAAAAGUUUAUACCUCAAUCUUUACUACUACUGUAUAUUUCAGCAAAGGUUGUUACUGAAAGUU